AUGUUGAACAUAGUUGAUCUGGGUCUUUCUUCACCUCCUCCCUCAACCCUUCAUGACGAAACAGCCCCAAAACACAAAGAAAGAACUCCGUCCACAUCGAUAACGAACCAACGAAGCCGCCCCUCCCCUCACGACAGGGAUGUGGGCUUGGGCACCUCCCUGCCCAUGUCUGCCUGCUUGCCCACAACCGCCCGCUCACCCGCUUGCCCACCGUCGCCCUCUCGACCAGGCAGAGGAUGGCAACGGUGGGACAACGACGACAGUGGGCACCACAAUGACAACAAUGGGCAGGACAACAAUGACGGUGAGGGCAGGGCGAUGACAGUGGCAAUGGCAGGACAACAACGCCGGCAGGAUGACGACGGCGGCAACAGGGGAACGACCAUGAUGGUGGUGGGGCACGACCAUGAUGACGGAGGCAGCGGAUGCACCAUGACAACGGGGGGCGACAGGGGAACAACGACGACGGCAGGGGCACCUUUCACCCCCGCCCUCACCCCUCAUUCACUCCCCCCAUCCUCUCCCUUGCCCUGUCGCCCUGUGCCUUGCCUUCUUGCUCCACCCCUCGCCUGCCAUCUCGCCCUCUUCCCUUGCCUUCUUGCCCUUGCCCUUGCCCUCUGCCUUCACCCUCUGCCUUGCCCCCAUCCUCUGCCUCACUUGCCCUUGCCCUCUUGCCCCUCAUCUGCCCUCUGCCUUGCCCCUUGUCCGCCCUCUGCCUCGGCCCCGUCCUCUGCCUCGCCCUCUCGCUGUCUGCCCACUGUCUCGCCCUCGUCAUCACCAUCUCGCCCCUCACCCUUUCACCCCUCGCCCACCUUGCCUUUGCCCUCUUGCCCACCUUGCCUUCACCCUCUCACCCACCUUGCCUUCGCCCUCGCCCUCUCACCCUCUUGCCCUCUUGCCCUUGCCCUCUUGCCCUCUUGCCCUCUUGCCCUUGCCCUUUGCCAUUGCCCUUUGCCGUUGCCCUUUGCCGUUGCCAUUUGCCGUUCGCCGUUCACCCUUCACCCCCACCGUUCGCCUCCUGCUCAGCACCCACCACUAGCAGCCCAAGCAGAAGGGGGAGCACGAGCAUCCGAAGAACCCCCACGAGCACCCAAAGAGGCCCAACGAGUACCCGAAGGGGCAGAGGGGGCAGAGAGUGUGGGUGGAGAGCGCGGAGGGGGUGGAAGUGGCCCCAUGAGUACACGAGGGGUUGAGGGAGCCCCAACGAGCACAGGAGGGGGCAGAGAGGGCAGAAGGGACCUGUACCCGCCUCCCUGA